UUAGUACUAUAAAUAAAUCGUCUUAGAUUAUACACUUGGACGUUCGCACGCAAUUGUUACCUUAAAGCUUCAUCGGGUACAGAUUCAGACGAUAUAUCCGACGCGUCGUUGGACGUACUUUUCUUGUAUACGACAGCUGUACGAACAUUAACAUUAAAAAUGUCGUGGAUGGACCCUCCCCCUCAGGCGAUCGACCUCUCGGAAGGCAUAACGCUGAGCAAAGAUCAAUUGAAAGUUUUAAGAAAGGCUUUCGACACGUUUGACACGGAGAAAAACGGCAAAAUUACGUGCGCCAACAUUAACAUUAUUUUAGACAUGUUGGGCCACGCUACGGACACGGUAACCGUCAGGAACAUCGUCGCCGAAAUCGACCACCAAGGAACUGGUACAUUAUCCUUUGAUGACUUUUGUACGCUGGCAGCGAAAUUUAUGACCGAAGAGGAAGAGGACUCCGAAGCAAUCAAAACAGAGCUCAGAGAAGCUUUUAGGCUAUACGACAAAGAAGGAAAUGGAUAUAUAACAACCGAAGUGCUGAGAGAAAUAUUGUCUGAACUCGACAACAACAUGUCCGAUGAAGAACUGGAUCAGAUGAUCGAUGAAAUCGACGCGGACGGAUCCGGGACCGUAGACUUUGAUGAAUUCAUGGAGGUAAUGACUGGUUAAUGCGAAAAUAUCAUAAGAUUUAUCAAUAUUAUACAAUCAGACGAAUACAGCACUUUUGAAAAAGCAACAUUUUACAAUGUUAUAUUACUGUUAUAAUAUUAUCAUUAUUAUUUUUUUUUUUUUUUACGAACAAUUUGCAAUCCGUAUGCACAUAAUUCGUUGAAUACUUUACACACUAUGGGAGCUCCGGCUGAUUUAAUGCGUUAAUUUAUAGAGUAAUAAUAUAAACACCCAUUAUAAUUAAAAUAUUGUAUUGUAUCAAA